GCAACUGUGUUUUGCCUGAGCAAACCUUUCUGUCGUAUCGAUCGCCUGCCAGUGCUGCCACGGGCAAAAAAUAAGUGUUUGGCUUAUUUUAGCGAAGUAAAGUGAUGUAGUUAAAGUUUGCUGACUACUCUCGAUUACGGAUUAUUGACGACGCGUGCCUAAGCGGUAACGAUUAUCGCAUUUUCCUCGCACUUACGCUGGUAUGGACACUAUUCCAUCGUACUUUUUCCGGCGCCCCACACGAAGCCACCUCGAAAUCAACUACGGGAACACGGUGCUGGUUGAAUGUGGCAACGGUGAGCGGUGGCUGGGAUACUUACAGGAUAUUGACAGGGACCUUAUGCUAAUUGAUUUCGACUGCAGCACAGUUGCCGCUGAAUGGAUCCACUCGCGUCACGUCCGGGCACAACCGUUCCUCAACGACGACUGGACGCUGUGGCGCUCGCUAGACCAGGAAGUGGCCUCCACCGGCAGCUGUGGCGUCCAGGUAGCGCUGCGCCGCACCGAAAACGGACCGUUUAUCUUCCGCCCGGCACGUCUACUGACCCGGACGGCGGAAGUGGGGCUGUUUUACGUCAGGCUGAAGGACACGGCUCCGCAUCAGUAUGUGGUGAUACAUCUGUGGCAGGUUGCCGCCAACAUGGAACUGGCUGUGGAUGAGCCGCCGCUGCGUAAACAGACUCGCGGAUUAUAUUAUCGCAAGUUCACCGUUCCUUUCCAAAAUGCUCAUAUGAAUGGGACGCUAAAUAUGGAGGCCCUACGGAAAUGCCUGUAUAAUGCCGGGCUUGAGAAAUAUCAGCGAGGACCAAAUUCUGUACCCGGCGACGAACGCAUUGAUUUCCGCAUCUUUGCCCGUAUUAUUGGAGGGAAUCUCCAUUUUAUUUGCGCCCGACAUCCUGAAGGGCGCGCGCAUUGGAAUAAGGAUACUCUACUACAAGCGUACGCGAGCUGCUAUCCCGCUCCCUCAGUGUUAGGCGAUGUAAUGGAAGAUCCACAGCAGAAGUCAGUUUUUGACAAUUCCGGAUGGAUUGGUGGCAUGGCCCUUCCGAUUAUGGCCGACGUUCUUAUCAGUCUGGAUAUGCACACGCAAGCUAAAGCAAAAAAGGUAUGCACUCUGUGGUGGUUGCUUCUUUCCGACAUUCGUAUCAGCCGGCAUGUCACCAUUGACAGCUCCGCCAUGGUCCUGAACAAGCUGUCCAUGUCGAUGUGCGAUGAUGUGUACAGUUUGACUUGGGGCUUAAAUCGAGCCAUAACUGGCCAUACAGAAAGCCUGAUGGUGCUGGAUAACGUCUACCAAUCAAAUUUGACUACGAUUACGACAAUGCUGGUGACGCUGUCGGCCGUCAAAAAGAUUCAGCUACGCUACAUUCUCAUCCGCAAUGGCCGCACUCGCGAGGGUAUUAAGUGAAAACGGGGCGCUCAUUAUGACGACAGCGAGUGGCACUGUGACAAUUUGACCCGCCUUCUGACCGUUGGUCGCCGGCUGGUCCUGCGCAAUUAUACCGUGGAGGAUAUUGUCAGCAACUGGAUUAUGAUAUUUUUGCUUCCUUAUUACACUUUCCUUAUCACGUUAGCCGGUUUCAUCUUUGUUGGCGUGAGGCUUACUGAUAUCAGAUUUCCGAUUACGAUUCCCUUUGCAACGCUGCAUUUCGCUGAUGGCGAUGCCGGUCUGCUACGGCAGUUUCUGUCAGCGGUGGAAAGAAGCUGCCCUCCGAUUGGCCCGUCGGUUUACAAUCGAGUACGGGCCAUUCAUCGACGCUGGUUGAACUGUCUGCAGUAUCCCGAUCAGUGGCGUCCCAUCCGACGCAUGCUGCAGUUGUACAGCGGGUUCCGUGCUGACGGCAGUGCACGCGACUGGGCAGAUGCUGAUCUCCGACUGCUGGAUGUCUACACUAUAACCAAGCUGGCAGUGGCCGCUAUUAAUGCCAAUUUUAAAGUAACACCACUGAAUCCCAACGCAUAAAGAUAGCAUUAUUUUGUCAUGGCAAUAGUACCUGCAGCUUGGGCCAGUCUAAAUAAAAUGUUUUUUAUAAUAAAAUAAA